CAGCGAGCAGAACACUAGAAUUCCUCUGUAAAACCACACACAAGGAUAGAGAGAGAGAGAGAGAGAGAGAGAUGGUGGCGACGAAUCUGAAGGCGGAGACGAUCUCUCUCCAGGAGAAGAGAGACGCGAUCGAGGUCGAGAUGAGCGGUAUCAUCUCUCGUCUCACCCAGCCAGGUGGGCCAGGAAUCUCCGACCCUCUCACUGAUUCCCAGGGAUUUCCGCGGUCGGAUAUUGACAUUCCAUCUGUUCGUGCAGACCGCCGUCGUCUCGCUGAACUACGAAAUGACUACAAGGAUAUCACGGACAAAAUACAUGAAAACUUACAAGUUCUGCAUUCGGCGAGACUUGCUCACAAUGUAUCAUUGCCCACGAAAGAUCCAGCUAAUGGCGAGGGGUCAAAUAAUCAAGAGAUACCUCAUACCAACACCAUUGCAUCUCUUUCGUCUCGCGGUGGUAUUUCAGAAGAUAGUUGCAUUCCAAUGGAUUUGGAACCAGUCGUCCGGGUACCCUUUGCAAUGGUUGAUGAAAUAGCGGAUGCAUCUCCUGCGGCAGAAGAUGGGCUACAGCUUGGAGACCAGAUUGUGAAAUUUGGAAAUGUGGAAAUUGGUGAAGAACUGCUUCCGAGGCUUGCUUCGGAAGCUCAGUUGAACCAGGGCCGUGCUGUUCCUUUGGUAAUUUUGAGGCAGGGUGCCCUUGUAAAUUUAUCUGUGACACCCAGACCAUGGCAUGGUCGGGGUCUGUUGGGGUGUCAUUUUCGAAUCUUAUGAUGGGUUCUAUUUCAAGCUGUUGCAC